CAGGCAUGUCACGUCAGGCUAAAUUCACCAAUCUGCGUGUAGAACAGAACAGCUCGAGCAGCGUUCGCAAACUUCCCAGGACCAGCCAGACGCUGAAUAGUGUGUCAGACAGUUCGGAUGAGUCUAGUUGGAGAGAUGGCGGUGCCGUACGGGUUGUUUUGAGGGAAGUUGCUGAAACGUUUGAUAUCUUUCGGAUCCUGGCGAAUCAUUUCAACGCAACAAAACGUUCCAUUGUUUGUUACACGACAAGACAUUAGCAGAAUGUAUGCUCCAAAUGUUCCAAGUGUCAGUGCAGUCAAUGGGCUGACCUAACGUUAGCUAGCUACUAUAGUAGUAUAGCGAAUGGGUUAGCUAGCCAGCUAAAGGUUUUAGAGAGCGAUUCAACUAACGUUAGCUAAACUUGCCAGCUAAAAGCUAACUGAAAACUUAGCUUGGCAAUAGCAUAGUUACCAACAAUAAUAUAGCUAAUCCUGAUGUUGGGGUAUGUUUCUGGUGUUUAACCCAAGUUUAUUUCGAUAAUGUGACUGCAGGUACUGUUUUAGCACUUGAUAAACGUCAGCCUGAAAAUUCAGGAGCUAACGUUUGCACGUUCAGCUAUGCCCUUUUUUGCUAGCUACUAAAUUAGGUAGCUGCUAACGUUAGCACAUUUAGCUAUGCACUUUUUGCUAGCUAUUAAGUUAAGUAGAUGUAAUGGGCUUAUUUUUCACUCUGUCCGUGUUGGGACUGGGUAAACUUUCAUGUACACUUUCUGAUAAGUAGCUCGUUAGCUACAUAAAUAUGCAUAGUUUUUUCCAACUAGCGUAACUUUAUCAAAAGUUGACCCACAAAGAAACUCCCUGUGGCAACGCGGAGAGAUGAAAGUAGCAAACGCGUUUUACCGGGACGUUGGAAUACCGUGCUGGAACCGUCUUGCCCAUUUGUGAUAUCGUUCUGAACGAUUCACGAGCAUUCCAGUUAGAGGUCCUUUGAUCGUUUGCUUUUUCGUCAACAGUUUGCACCCUAUAUGGUACGGCUACAGCCACCGAGAAAUGGAUGUUUCCAAGGGCGGUUUCCCAAACGGUGAGGGGCAACCGAAAGAUACGGGAGAGCAUGCCUGGACAGAUUCCCCCACUGCAAGAGCUUGGGCUCAUUGCGGUCCCCUGUCCCGAUCGCUGUGGACGGCAGUGUUUGACUAUGGAAGUACUGGAGAAGACGAACUUAGUCUGCGGCGGGGGGACGUUGUUGAGGUCCUCUCGAAGGAUGCUGCCAUCUCGGGAGAUGAAGGAUGGUGGACGGGUAAAAUUAACCAUAGAGUCGGGAUUUUCCCUGCAAAUUAUGUUACCUAUCAACCUGCCAUUUACAGACUUCCAGGCGGUAGCACGGUAGGGGUGAGGGAGCGUCCGAGUACUCCCAUCCAAAUAGAUUUUAGCGAACUCGUUUUAGAGGAAAUAAUCGGUGUCGGGGGAUUUGGUAAAGUUUACCGAGGGACAUGGAAAGACCAAGAGGUCGCUGUGAAGGCAGCGCGACAGGAUCCUGACGAAGACAUCACUGCAACUUCAGAUGGUGUUAAGCAAGAGGCCAAGCUCUUCUCUAUGCUACAGCAUCCCAAUAUAAUAAAACUUGAAGGUGUUUGUCUUGAGGAGCCGAACCUGUGCUUGGUGAUGGAAUAUGCUCGUGGAGGGACUCUUACCCGGGCUUUGACUGGUCGGAGGAUACCCCCACACAUUCUUGUCAACUGGGCUGUUCAAAUCGCCAGGGGCAUGCACUACCUACACGAGGAGGCUGUUGUGCCUAUUAUUCACCGCGACCUGAAAUCCUGCAACAUUUUAUUACUUGAAAAAAUUGAGAACGAUGACAUUGGAAGGAAGACCUUGAAGAUCACAGACUUUGGCCUGGCCAGAGAGUGGCACAACACAACCAAGAUGAGUGCUGCUGGCACGUACUCAUGGAUGGCCCCUGAAGUCAUCAAGUCCUCUCUCUUCUCCAAAGGCAGCGAUGUCUGGAGUUAUGGUGUUCUUUUAUGGGAGCUGCUGACAGGAGAGGUGCCUUACCGUGGGAUUGAUGGGCUGGCUGUGGCCUAUGGUGUGGCUGUCAACAAGUUAACCCUCCCUAUUCCAUCCACCUGCCCAGAACCCUUCUCCAAGCUCAUGGAAGAGUGCUGGGAGCAGGACCCCCACAUCCGGCCGUCAUUUGCCUCCAUCCUGGAGCAGCUAACAGCCAUAGAGGAAGCAGUGAUGGCCACCAUGCCCCAGGACUCCUUCCACUCCAUGCAGGAGAACUGGAGGGUGGAGAUCCAGGAGAUGUUUGAUGAGCUCAGAACAAAAGAGAAGGAGCUGCGUUCACGGGAGGAGGAGCUGACGCGUGCGGCGCUGCAGCAGAAGUCCCACGAGGAGCUGCUGAAGAGGAGGGAGCAGCAGCUGGCGGAGCGGGAGAUCAAUGUGUUGGAGAGGGAACUCAACAUCCUCAUCUUUCAGCUCAACAAGGACAAGCCCAACGUCAGGAAGAGGAAGGGCAAGUUCAAACGUAGCCGCCUCAAACUCAAGGACGGCAACCGCAUCAGCCUGCCCUCAGAUUUCCAGCACAAGAUCACGGUGCAGGCGUCACCUUCCAUGGACAGUAGGAGUCUGAACACCAGCCCCCCCAGCAGCCCCACACUCAUACCCCGCCUCCGGGCCAUCCAGUUGUGCGCCCGAAUUGACAGUAUCCGAAGGGACAGUAUGUAUGUGUAUCACCAAGAUGUGGAUAUCACCAGCGAGUGCCAGCCCUAUACUGGGGUUAGGAAGAAAGUGACUCUGGACGAGAGCAACAGGACAUGGGGACGAAGCACCAUCUACAAGCCGGAGGAGUUUGAUGACGUCAAGAAGGGGAUUAAGAAGAAGGGGCGAACGUGGGGACCGAGCUCCGUUCAGACCAAGGAGCGGGGAAACUGUGCUGAAAGAGUGAGGCCACUGUCUGAUGGAAACAACCCCUGGUCCACCAGUCUGGGGAAGUCCCAGAAGUCCGUUCCGUUGGCUGCGUUGUUUGCAGAGCAGCAAGCCUGUCUCUGUCCUCGUCCUUCAUGUUCAGGGACCAGUAAAGAAGAGAUGUGCUCGCCAGAUGGAUCGGACAACACCAAACCAAAGCAACUGAAGUUCCCCAAUCAGGUGUACAUCGAUCUACCCCUGUGGAAAGAUGAGAAGCAGCAGGGGGGCGAGGGGACGGCAGGAAGCUGCCCUGGGGAAAGCCUGGAGGACUCCAGUACCACCUCAGCCAGCUCCACCAGCACCACACCCCAGCACACCCCCACCAACAGCCUGAAGAGGACCUCCGCUCGCCGCCGGACAGAAACCGUACUCUACGGCUGUGCCUCUAUGCUGGCCUCGGUAGCAUUGGGCUUUGACCUGCGUAAUGUGCUCAAUGCCCCACCGGCAGAUGACCCUGAGCCUCAGCCCAGUGUGGAGAAGAAAAAGAAAGAGGGUCUGUUCCAGCGCGCCACACGCUUCCCUGGUGGACGUUCUUCCCAUAAGGAUGAGGCAGCCUCCCAAGUCCCCAUCAACCUCAUCUCCAUGUCUUCCAUCUCAGAGUAUAACUCUACCAAGAGCCUCCUGCGGUCAGCCUCGGAGGGGCCAGAGCCCAGCCCUGUGAAGGAAGUGGCCCCUAUCAGCCUGUCGCACCCCACGCCACAGCCCAGAAGUGGCUCCCAGCCCCAGGUUCCAGAGGUGCCCGGCCGCAGGACUCCGGCCUCCCCCCUCCCCCAGCCUGCUGCCCCAGAGAAGACUCACAGUCAAAGCAUGGGCUCUCACCUCCGGAGGAAGAAGUCGGCCAUCGUUCAGGACACUAACGGUACAUCUGGCUCUCUCACAACUUCAUCGGGACUGUCUUCCACCACAACCUCUCAGAAGAAGAAGUCUGACAGGGAGGACACCCCUAAGAGAGCAGCCCGUGGGGAGACUGUCACCUCCAGGUCCCGGCCUUUGUCCCUCCGGGGCAAACCCCACUCUUGGGGUCUCCUGAGGGGCCACAACAAAAGCUACUCCCUGGGCCACUAUUCUGGAGAGAAGAGCGCCAGGAGCCUCAACAUCGUCCUCUCCUCCGCCGAGGUCAAGAUGGACUGCUCUCUGCUGGAUAUGGACACGGAGGGGCAGAAAUGUGACUGCACCGUGCCCCUCUGCCGAAUUCAGAGCGGCCCCAGUCGCCCCUCCGUCUUCGAACUAGAGAAAAAAUGAUUGUCAUAGCAGAAAUAAGCUGCCUUUAUUACCAGGAUCCAGUCUCUAAGUAACGUUUAUGAGUUGGAUCAACAAGUCUUAUUUGACAUUCCAGGGCAUUCCACUGCCCUCCUGUGGUUUUUACCUGAAUGGAGGCCACUGCUGCUGAACUGUUUAUUUAUUCUGUCAUAUUUUGCUAGGUAAUUUAAUAUUAGAAAAACGUGUUUCAAUAGCAUCAGGUUGAUUGAACAACGAAGGAACACAUUAAAUGUUUUGUUGUUGCAGAAAUGUUUACAUUUUUGUGCGCACAUACUAGUUAGGACCAUGGCAUCUUAAGUUACAAAAUGAUGCUUACGUUAAAAUGUUAAUUUGCUUUUGUCUGUGGAUCUUUUAUUCUCCGUUUUGAUUUAAUGCUGGUAAUUAUUUUGUAUUGUAUUGAUUUUGUUUUUAUAUUGACAUAUACAACAGUGUUUAUUUUAGGAUGAGUUCUGUCCAAUGUCUGAGAGGUAAUAUUGAAGUCAACAUGUGGCGCAACUGACAGAUUUACAAAUGUAGGAUCUUAAUUUGAGCCAGUUUGCUAAAGCAGGAAAAUAAUCCUGCAGCAGGACAGUUCUUCUGCAACAGGGUGAUCAAAUUAAGAUCCUACAUCUGUAACAGUGCAACAAACAACACUGGAAAACCUAGUCUCAACUAGAGGUUGACCGAUUAUGAUUUUUCAAUACCGAUACCGAUUAUUGGAGGACCAAAAAAGCCGCUACCGAUUAAUCGGCCAAUUGUUUUGAUUUUAUUUGUAAUAAUGACAAUUACAACAAUACUGAAUGAACACUUAUUUUAACUUAAUAUAAUACAUCAUUAAAAUAAAUGUAGCCUCAAGUAAAUAAUGAAACAUGUUCAAUUUGGUUUAAAUAAUGCAAAAACUAAUUGUUGGAGAAGAAAGUAAAAGUGCAAUAUGUGCUAUGUAAGAAAGCUAACGUUUCAGUUCCUUGCUCAGAACAUGAGAACAUAUGAAAGCUGGUUGUUCCUUUUAACAUGAGUCUUCAAUAUUCCCAGGUAAAACGUUUUAGGUUGUAGGAAUUAUAGGACUAUUUCCCUUUAUACCAUUUGUAUUUCAUUAACCUUUGACUAUUUGAUGUUCUUAUAGGCACUUUAGUAUUGCCAGUGAAACAGUAUAGCUUCGGUUACACCAGCCUCAUCUCAGGAGUUGAUAGGCUUGAAGUCAUAAACAGCGCAAUGCUUGACGCACAACGAAGAGCUGCUGGCAAAAUGCACGAAAGUGCUGUUUGAAUUAAUGUUUACGCGCCUGCUUCUGCCUACCACCGCUCAGUCAGAUGCUUGUAUGCUCAGUCUCAUCAACCAUGUGUAGUUAACUAGUGAUUAUGAUUGAUUGUUUUUUAAGAUAAGUUUAAUGCUAGCUAGCAAUUUACCUUGGUUUACUGCAUUCAUCUAACAGGCAGUCUCCUUGUGGAGUGCAACGAGAGAGAGGCAGGUCGUUAUUGCAUUGGACUAGUUAACUGUAAGGUUGCAAGUUUGAAUCCCUCGAGCUGACAAGGUGAAAAUCUGUCGUUCUGCCUCUGAACAACGGAGUUAACCCACCGUUCCUAGGCCAUCAUUGAAAAUAAGAAUGUGUUCUUAACUGACUUGCCUAGUUAAAUAAAGGUAUACAUAUUUAUUUAUUUUUAUCGGCAAAUCGGGGCUCAAAAAUACAAAUUUCCGAUUGUUAUGAAAACCUGAAAUCGGCCCUAAUUAAUCGGCCAUUCCGAUUAAUCGGUCAACCUCUAGUCUCAACACUAAACCAGGCCUGGUCAGCUUCUACUUUACCACUAUACGACAAGCCUUACCAGCAGCUGGACCAGUACCAGUACUCUACAUAAAGACUGUUCUGCAUUAAUAGCUGCUAUGGUUUAUGUGGAAUAUGACCAUUUUGCUCGAAAUCAGUUCACAUGGGGGUUAGUCUACCUAGGUUCCUGUGAAAACACUAUUUUGAAGAACAAAGAGAUGGGAAUUAAAUAUAUUUCAAUAUUUGUUUGAGUAACAGUUAAAUGCUGUAUUCCUUAGCAAUCAUUUUCAUAUUAACAUAAAAAGCUGACAGGAACUGUCUCUGAUGCCACUAGACUACACACAUUUUUAUCAUCUGAAUAUUCUGACCCCAUUUAAGUACCAUGCAAGUCAUUAGUACCGAGCAACAAGUAAAACUGUCCAUAAAUAUCCAAUGUAUUGUUGUUCGUCCCCGUUUACAAAGAAUACCGAAUGUUAAAUCUCUGUUUUUGUAGUUCUGUUUAAAUCAUGAGCACUUUCUCUUUAUUUAAAUCGACAUUCCUAACAGUACAUCCCAGACAGCUGUUGAAGUCACUUUCUCUUUAUUUAAAUCGACAUUCCUAACAGUACAUCCCAGACAGCUGUUGAAGUCACUUUCUCUUUAUUUAAAUCGACAUUCCUAACAGUACAUCCCAGACAGCUGUUGAAGUCACUUUCUCUUUAUUUAAAUCGACAUUCCUAACAGUACAUCCCAGACAGCUGUUGAAGUCACUUUCUCUUUAUUUAAAUCGACAUUCCUAACAGUACAUCCCAGACAGCUGUUGAAGUCACUUUCUCUUUAUUUAAAUUGACAUUCCUAACAGUACAUCCCAGACAGCUGUUGAAGUCACUUUCUCUUUAUUUAAAUCGACAUUCCUAACAGUACAUCCCAGACAGCUGUUGAAGUCACUUUCUCUUUAUUUAAAUUGACAUUCCUAACAGUACAUCCCAGACAGCUGUUGAAGUCACUUUGUCUUUAUUUAAAUCGACAUUCCUAACAGUACAUCCCAGACAGCUGUUGAAGUCACUUUCUCUUUAUUUAAAUCGACAUUCCUAACAGUACAUCCCAGACAGCUGUUGAAGUCACUUUGUCUUUAUUUAAAUUGACAUUCCUAACAGUACAUCCCAGACAGCUGUUGAAGUCACUUUCUCUUUAUUUAAAUCGACAUUCCUAACAGUACAUCCCAGACAGCUGUUGAAGUCACUUUGUCUUUAUUUAAAUUGACAUUCCUAACAGUACAUCCCAGACAGCUGUUGAAGUCACUUUGUCUUUAUUUAAAUUGACAUUCCUAACAGUACAUCCCAGACAGCUGUUGAAGUCACUUUCUCUUUAUUUAAAUCGACAUUUCUAACAGUACAUCCCAGACAGCUGUUGAAGUCACUUUCUCUUUAUUUAAAUCGACAUUCCUAACAGUACAUCCCAGACAGCUGUUGAAGUCACUUUGUCUUUAUUUAAAUCGACAUUCCUAACAGUACAUCCCAGACAGCUGUUGAAGUCACUUUCUCUUUAUUUAAAUCGACAUUUCUAACAGUACAUCCCAGACAGCUGUUGAAGUCACUUUCUCUUUAUUUAAAUCGACAUUCCUAACAGUACAUCCCAGACAGCUGUUGAAGUCACUUUGUCUUUAUUUAAAUCGACAUUCCUAACAGUACAUCCCAGACAGCUGUUGAAGUCAGUACAACUGGAAGAAUACCUUUUUUUUAACACUGCCUUUGAGAUCAAAUCUCAUCACUGUCUAAGCUGGAGUCCUUGCUAUAUCCUGACAUGUUAAGCAUUCCAUUAAUUGAACGACAACUUAAGUUUUUUUUGUUGCCUUAUCUUCCUUUUUAUUAGCAUUGUGUUAGCUCUGUGUGUGAGGAAAUUGGUUCAAGUGAUUGAGACGACAACAUACAGUACAUACUGAUCAAACCUGUUUAUCAGUGUUUUGGUUCGCACCACAGAAUCCCAGCGUUGUUUUAUCUUCAUGUAUCCCCAUGUUAACAAAUACGUCAGUUGACCUCAACCUUCUUACUUUUAUACUCGCAGCAUACUUAAACCACUUCAAGAAUGGCCGUCUGAUUAGAAUGAUAGGUCUUUGAACCAGUGUGAAUCCUCAAACCCUCCACGUUCUUUCUGGAAAUGUAAGUCAACUCAAGAUCAUACCAAACAAAUGUGAAUCCAUACCCUCUUUACCUUGUGUAGUAGUGUCAAUACCUAGAAAUCAAGACCAAAAUGCCUAUUUUUGUUGUCUUAGUAUCUUGGAAUGAAAAUGGUCUGCAAUGCAGUAAUUAUAAUGAAAUAGUAUUCUCUGAAAUGUUUCAUGUUGGGUCUCAAAUCAAUUAAUGAAUUAUGUUGCAAGAAGUCUCACUGUGGGAGGCAAAUAUUAUUUUGCAGACAUGUAGUAUGACAUGUCUUCUCAAUAACCUGCAUGGACCAACAGCUGUAAUAGUGCUGUGUAGAUGUUAUGCGGACAAGGUCAAAGAAACUCUGGUGACGUGACCACUUUUCGGACACCUCUCUGAGCGUAAUAACCUGUAGUAGGAUGACUAAGUGAUGAUGAUAUCCAGCCUCUGGAGGACCAUGUAAGCCAAUAGUUUAGUCUUAUACAGUAUGGCUCAUGGUUUUGAUAGAGUUUGCUACAGCACAUAUAGUAUGAGACUAGGCUAGCAAGGCGAUUGACAAAGCACAAUCAUUCAGACUUCCUGUGCACUGCGCUUGUGUAGUUAGAGUGGUGUUGCACUCAACAAGCUGCAAGAUACACGAGAAGGAGCUCUGCUGUUGAUCUGCAGACAGUCUCUGUUGAGGGACAAAAUAAUGUAAUGUCUCCUGUUCCCAAAACUUUCACCAAAGCUCAAAGUUCAUGAGACAGAUUUUUUAUACUGUAUUUUUAACCAGCCAUUUGGUUUGAAAUUAUUGAAGUCAAAUUGACAAAUGUAUUUUAUUU